AUGCCAGCCGACUCUACGCCGCCGGUGAUAGUCCGACCCAUCCCCCGACGGCCCUUCAAUCUCAACUUCACCAGCGCGACGCCGCCCGACGAAGAUUCAUCGCCGUCACCGGGACCACGGCGGCCCGCCGACGAUGGCUCGCUCUCGCCACUCCACGCUCGCGACUACGCCCGUCCCCAGUUCCUGCGCAGCGGCGGCCCGUCAAACGUCCCUUCAGAACCCGGCAGCGCCUCGAUAUCGCGCGCCCAGUCCAUCAUGAACCUGACCUCAUCCACCCUGUUUGGCAUCUACAGCCCAACCACGACGGGUCCUGGCCCUGGCAGGGGCUUCGGCUCUUCGUAUACAUACAACGACCGCGAUGAAUCCGGCACCCCCUGGGGCGCGGGCGCCGAGUCGCCGCGCGAGCACGACCCCGAGGAGCGCGACCGCAACGAGGCCCUCGACCGGCUCCGGGAGCGCCUCGGCGUGCCACCCAAGUCCCACACCCGCGGCCCCGCCGCCGCUGCCACAUACGCCAUGCCCUUGUCGCCGGCGCUACCGCCCGAGCCCCGGGCCCCGGCCGCCGACCCGGCGGUACCUACCUCGCGCUCGGGCCUAGUGCUGUCGCUUGCCGCAAAGGUGGUGCUCCUCUUCGCCCUCGGUGUGGGCUACGGCAUGCUCGUGUGCAGGUUGCAGGACGAGCACGGCUCGGGCAUGCACCAUGAGGGCCGGCAGUCCGGCGGCUCCUUCUUCCCCGCCAAGGGCUCGCAGGACUCGCGCUACGUGGCCUUCUGGGGCUUCUCCGGGGUCCUGCUCGGCUCGCUGCUUCCGUGGUUCGACCACUUUUGGGACCGGACCUUUGGUUCCGACAGACAGCCAGCCCCGGGCCACGCGCCAGAAGGCGCUGAAUCCGACAGUACCAGGCCCGACACCGACUGGGCGCUAGUGAUCCGCGGGGUUGGGGCGUUUGCGGGUAUCGUAUUUGCCAUUCGCAAGCUCCCUUGGGCGUCAACCAUGCAGGUGUCGCUGACCCUUGCCCUGGUAAACCCGUUCCUCUGGUACCUGAUUGACCGGUCCAAGUCGGGCUUCACCCUCGCGAGCGCCGUGGGCGUGGUCGGGACGGCCGUCAUCGCCGGCGUGGACCCCGGCAUGAUGCCGACGCCGACGGGGUACAGCUCGGGGCUGGCCCAUGACGACGGCUCGGGCCCGUCGUGGGCGGAGCCGCUGGGCAGCCACGCGGCCGUCGAGACGGGCAUCUGGAUGCUCAGCGUCCUCUUUUGCAGCUGCGUCUGCUUUGGAAACAUUGGGAGGCGGCUGGCUUUGAGCACGUCGUCGCCCGCCCGAGGCCGCUGGGGCGGGGUGAAAUGA